AAAGCAUCUAGUGAGCGUCAGUAAUUGGUAGGGAUGAUUUAUAUUAAAUAGAGAAAAGGGCGCAUUUUUGGGGGGCAGGGUGGGGGGGAAAGAAGAGACCGCUUGGAACCCUGCACCAUCAGGGACCUGGAAGCCACCGGUGGCUGAUUCCCGCUUGUUCCGUUCUGUGGACCUUAGAGCAGAAAGGCCUCUUGCAAAGUUCAUGUUCCGGCAAGAAACGAAUGUUCUAGUCUUUGCCCUGUCUCCUGCUUGCUCUGACCAAGACGAGAAGAGGAAUAUGUAUCGGUACAACGUCUGCCUGCUGCUGGACUGGGCGUACGGAGGCGUGGACCCCAAAUUCGCCGGUAACGGGGGACCCGAGUGCGCAGCGUUUCUGCCUCUCCGCCAGCGAUGGGUGGAGAGUAUCAUCUUCGUGACCAUCUCCUUGCUGGAGAUGGCCGUGGCGUAUCGCAAGAUUAGGCAGCAAGAGCUGGGAAAAGUGUGCCAGGCUAAGCAGGAUAGCCUGGGCAAGAACCUGCUCUUAGUCGCCCUGUGCCUCACCUUUGGUAUUGAAGUUGGCUUCAAAUUUGCCACCAAAACCUUAAUUUACCUAUUGAACCCAUGUCACGUUGUUACCAUGUUACAGAUCUUUCUCCUUGCGUGUCCUCCCUGUAGAAUUGCCCUGAUUGUUUUCAGGCUGCAGAUGCACAUGUUGAAUGGAGCAUUACUGGCAUUACUAUUUCCUGUAGUGAAUACCAGGCUGCUCCCCUUUGAGAUGGAGGUCUACUAUAUCCAACACAUCACGCUAUAUAUUGUUCCAAUCUACCUGAUGCAGAAAGGGGGUGUGUACAAACCUGAACCACUGGGUGAUUUUUGGUGGGCUCUUCUUGCGACUGGGCUUCUAUUCUUCUAUCAUUUUACCUUUCUGCAGAUCCUCGGAUUGGCCACAGAAGUUAACCUGAACAACAUGCUUUGUCCUGCGAUAUCAGACCCUUUCUACAGCUCCUGGUAUCGGGUCUGGGCAUCAGGACAUCAAACAUUGAUGACAGUGACACAUGGGAAGCUGGUCACUGUCUUGUUCUAUGCAGCUGCUCCUGCUCGCAAGUACCUGGUGGAUGUGAUCAAGCUGCCAUUGAAGAAAAUAAUUUGAAAUGUUGCAGCUGAUAUUACCUGGCUAAGCAAAUUAUUUAGACAACUUUCUUUUCAACUGAUGGCAGAAGAUUUAGAAAGGUAUUGAUUUAAAAAAAAACAAUUUAUUUUAUUGGCUGCAGCCAGUGGCAAAAUGGUGGCCUUAAGGGAUCUUUUGUACUUUUUCGAUACAUAGUGAAACUGAGUGUACUUUGCACCUGAGAUUUACAAUUUCAGAUUUAAAUGAACAAUCGCAAAGGAUAAUUAUCAUGAUACAAAGUGAACUACAGUGAAAGGUACAGAAAAUAGUUGAGGCAGGUUUUCACUCUUUUUGCCUUUCCAUGUACAGUCUCAGUCAUGUGCUGCUAUCCAAUACAUUCCCACCUAAAUAGUUUUUGAGUAAUCAUUUGAAAUAAAAUGGUCAAUUAGAUGGAUUAUGUGCCUCCAUCAGCUUGGAAAUAUUAAGUUAUUGGGUUCAAAGAGGCUGAUGGAAAUUGAUGUUUUAUUAUAUAGACUUCCUUCUCACCCAGUUAACUUAAGGAAGUCAGUUUAUUUAAGUAUUAUGUAUAAAUGCUACAAAAAUAUUGCAAGAUCUCUCUGAUUAACUGUGUAAGGAUGUUGUAUUUGGAGUCAACUCACAUUAACUCUUCUUGCUUCAUCUUUGAGGUUUACUAUUUCUAGGGGUAUGAUGUUUUGACCAUAUCCUGGGCAGGAGACUGGGCAAGUAACUUUAUUCCAGGCUUCAACCAACAGUGUUCUAGACUUUAUUACUGCUUGGGGUGACUCUUCCUUGCUAUAGAUAAUGUCUGGUUCCACUUGGCAUUUCCUAUAGAUGGCAGGGCUAUAACUGAAAACUUUGUCUAAGAACUUGCAACAUAGGUCUGUAGUGCCUAUUUGAGGCAACUAUUUGUUGUCCCUUAUCACUAGGUUUUUAAUUCCCUCAAGUUACAUUUACACAAUUCCAAAGAUUUUGAGAGCCAUAAAAAGAUUUUGUCUUCUAUUGCUACAUUACUGCUAUUUCCCAGAGAGUUUGUUUUAAGUGUAUGCUGCAGACUGGGUUUAGAUGGAUUCCAGUGAGAGUACAGUUGUAGAUAAGAAUACUGGCGUGUUUGCAAUGAUAUCUAUAUGCUUGUAUGUGUCGUGGAGUUUUUAAAGAUCAUAACUUGUGAUUAAGUUACUACAAUUAAUUCCCUAUUGUGAAAUGUGAAUAGUCUAGUAAACUUGGCUUAAAGAAACAAUUCUAAAAAUUACUUGUACUUCAAUGUGUUUGUCAUCAAAAAUUUAAACUAUCUUAUAUGUGGCAUGUACCUAGUUAGCCAGUAACACUAUCUUGGUUAUAUAAGUAAAGGUUGGCUUUGUGUAUAUAAGGCAACCUUAUUCCAAAAAAGUCAAAUGUUAAAGCUAUUUCUUACACACUUAAAUGUUCUAAAAAUUUUCCUUUUUUGUAAUUUCUAUGUAAGACAAUUUUUACAGACUUAAAAGGUAUUUGAGGUUGUGCUGAUACACUUUAUGUAGAAAUGUUCACCUUGACUUUGGGGAGGUUUGUCAUUCUCCCUGAUUUGAUACUUCAUAUUCUUUUUGAGACAUGCAAAUGGAAAACAGUGUGCAGUAGUGGGGGAGGAGAGAGAGGUGGAAACAAGUAAUAAUCAGUGUUUGACUGGCUUCUUAGCUCAACACUGUUUCUUGUCCCAUAUCUACUAACAAUCAUUUCUCCUUGCUCCUUCAUCCUCCAUUCCAUUUGUUGCAAAUUAUUUCCACACUCCAUUGCAAGGCUUUCAGGCCUUUUUUUUCUAAAGAUCUAUCGGUUUGUUCUUGUGGAAAUCCCAUACUUGGGUUCAGUAUUGGAAAAAUAGGAGAUGAGUGGACCUCAAUUUCCCCCUCUCUUUCACCAAUCAUUUCAAAUGAAAGCAAUUUAGAAUUUCUUGUCAUCUAUGUAAAAAUUAACAAAAGUGUGUUUCAGUAUGCAGAGAAUGGAUGCAGUUGGAAGUAUACAAAUAUUUUUGUAUGGUAAUUAUCACAUUUUGUUCUUUUGUAACCUUUUUGUCUUUUGGGCAUAGGGAUUGUAUUUAAAAUAGUCUAUACAAAUUGGUCUUUUUAUGUAGUGUAUUAAUGUUUUCUGCCCUUCCCUCAGUUCAACUCUGGACAUUCCAGUUCAUGAAUAGUUUUAAAGUUAGUCAAUGUUGCUUCUCAGGUAAUGCAGUAGAAAGCACAUUAGAAUGUGGGAUCAUGCUUUCCUCUUACUUCCAGACAGGUUUUCCCUUCCACCAAUCACCUCAUUCAAAUUACUGAAAAAGCAAUUCACCUAAAACUUAUUGUGCCAGGUCAGUCCUCUGGUAAGUUUAAUGCUCCAACACUGUAGCUGUCCGUCAAUAUAACAUUUCUUAAAAUAAUUAAAUUAAAUUUCCCCCAGUGGUUUCUUAGAUUAAUACACUAUUUGGUUUCCAAUUAUGUCCUACAGACCAAAAAAUCCUAGUUCUGAUGCCUAAUCUUGUGGUGUUAGCUGGUUUGAACCAAAGUGAUCAUGGCACACUACAGCUGGGAUCCCGAAGCCUGAACUAGGAAGCGGGGUGGGGGAAAGAAGUCAUGAUUGCCAUUCAUCACUAUUCAUUGAUCUUGCUGGGCGGUAUACAUGUACAGAUAUCUGAUGAGGAUAAGAUUGGACUAGGCAGUGUUGCCCUCUAUAAUUAAAAUAACUAACUGACACUCAGCUGAUACUUUCUAAAAGCAAAAAAUGAAGGCGAGGAGACCACCCAGCCUAUUAAUUUGGGAAUGUUGUUUGCACCAGUCAGAUUUUAAAAAAGGGACAGUGGAAGCAAAAUGAAACAAUUAAGUCCUGGAAUUGCUGUACAUUUGCUAUUCACUAAUGUCACAACAUUGGGAAAAUUGUGGGAUUUGGGUACAAAAAAAAUUACACUCCAGAAUCUAAUCUUUAAUACUGUUAUUUAUUAAGCAUUUUGUCAGUGUGAACAUAGAUUCGAUUAAGUAUUAAGGACACAAAGUUUUAAAUAUUACCAAUCAGUCACAAAAUAAGGCUCAAUUUUUUGAACUUGACCAUUGCAGUGCCAUAAAGGUUAAGGGUUUUUGUAUAUAUAGGUUGGUUAAAAAGUCAUAAAGGGAAUGUCUUUAUUGUAAUGCCCAAAAUUUUAUGGGGGCAAGGGAUUAGAAGAGGGAAGUAGAUCACAUUUUGAAAAUAAUUUUUGAAUGGGCAUGUGCCUUUAGGGCACACUUUUUUUUGUAAAAAUGGAUUCUUUUACAUUGCUGUUAAACAUGGCAUCUGAAGACAUUCCAGAUAUACAGCAAGAUCUCUAAGUAGUAUUACAGCUACAACUGUUAGUAAAUGGGGCUUUUUGCUGAUGGCUGCCAAAGCUACGAGCAGCAGAAAUGGAGUUGUGGGGGAAAAAAAUGGAUAAAGCUGCAAGGUGUACAAAAUAAGUUUUGACACUGAAUUUUCGCAAGCGUCUAUAAGAAUUUUUGUAGAAAUUGUCAAAUAUGAUCACAAUCAUGUGGCCUUCUUUAAAUAUAUCUGCAAACCAUUCAGCGGUAUUGUUUUCCAACUCAGGGAGCUGAAGAACUGCCUGGAGUCACCUGGUCACUUAUACUGAAAUAAGAUGAAUGUAAAGAUGCUUUUUGUUCCUAUUGAUAUUUAUUCUCUGGUCACUCCAUUUUGCUGCUUCAUGCUUGUAAAUCCAAGAUGCCAGGAAAACCUGUAAUUUGUAAUUGUGAUACAUUUUAACAUUUCAAAUGGAAAUAUUGUAUCAGUUCUUUUGAGAGAUUCCUGAUCUUUCAUUUGUGACUGAGGUUUGUAAAUUUACUUGAAGGUUUGGGGGUCUUGCAAAUAGGAUAAAAUGACUUCCAAUCUUUUAAGCUUUCAAAUGACAAAAACAGCAAAACAAAUCCCCAGCAGUUCUGGCGAUGCCACCAAUUGAGGCAUGCCACUUGUGUAGGUUUUUUUUUUACUGCUUGCUUCGAGCUGCUUUUUUAAAAAUUAUGAACAGUUCUGCUUGUGUAAUAAGAUUCCAACAAAAGCAUAUUCUGUCACAAACUGCACACUUCUGGUUUGCUUUGUUUAUAUGUUUAUAGAAAUUGUUUAAUAAAAAGUUAGUUUGUACACUUCA